AUGCCUCCCAUACGUGGCAAGCGAGGUCCAGAGCUUGAUUGUCUUACCAGAGCUAAAAUAUGUGAACUCCAUGCCACUAAUGGAUGGGGUGCAACAACUAUCAAAAAGAAGCGAUUCCCGGAUAUUCCACGCUCUACCAUUCAAUAUAAGCUUACACAAGAGUCAAAGCGUCAAAAGCAGGAGUCAUUACCGCGUCCAGGUGCUCCAAGAAAGCUCACAGAGAACGACCGUGAGCAUAUUUAUGAGACUAUCCAACAAAACCCGUCAGUUUUGAUCCAAGACCUUCUUUCAGAGGUCGAUUAUAAGGUUAAACGCAACUCAAUUUGGCGUCUUAUGCACGAGAUGGGCCUUCGAAAGUGGCGGAAGAUGCAACGGCCUACUUUAACGCCUCAACAUGCUGCAAAACGUCUUGCCUGGGCUCAACGAUAUGAGCACUUUACUUCCGAGGAUUGGGCUCGAGUUUAUUGGUCAGAUGAGUGUACUGUUGAGCGUGGUAUUGGUCAACGGCAAGAAUGGACCUUUACUCGUCCAAAAAAUCAGCUUUGCGAGCAUCCAAAAGAAGGUCGUCAAGUUCAAAUGAUUCCAGCUCGAGGAAAACAGAUUAAACAGAUGUUCUGGGCUGCCUUCUCUGGUCUUCCUCGACGCUCUGGUCUUAUACCUUUAUUCGGAGAUCCUGAAUCUCGUCGUGGUGGUGUUUCAUCUCGAACAAUCGAUGAGCUUUAUCGGCGAGUUCUUCCAACACUUUUGAAUAGUUUAGAUCAUGAUGCUAUUUUUCAACAAGAUAACGCGCCUGUUCACACUGCAUAUCUCGUCCGAAAUACGCUAGAUGAGCUUGGAUAUGAUAUAAUGGAGUGGCCUCCUUAUUCACCUGAUUUAAACCCAAUUGAGAACCUCUGGGCGUUGCUAAAAGCUGCAAUUUUGAAGCAACACCCUGAGCUUAUGCACCUACCUAAUAACGACGAGACACUCGAAAUAUUAGUAGAUGCCGCUCAAGAGGCUUGGCAAGGCCUAGAUAUUGAGAUAUUUAAGCAUCUGGCAGAUAAUAUGCCACAUAGGGUGGUAGAUGUUAUUAAAUACGAAGGUUGGCAUACUAGCUAA